GCAACUCGUGCAAUUGCCGCUAGCUCAUUGGUCAAAAUCUAACGCCGUCAAGAUGACAUUGUUAGUUAACCAAAAAUGUGUUUUGUAUUUACAACACAGUAACUAGAAUAAAACUUAGAUACAUCAUAAAGAGCUAUGGGUAGGAAAAUUCCAGCCAAAAAACAUAGAGGUGUAAAAGAUCCUCUUAUUCAACAAGCUAAACGAUUACAAGAAUUAAAAGGCAAAAUAAAUGCACCUCCCAAUGACCCAGACGACCAACCUGUGCCAAAAUCUUUGACACGAUUAUUUGCUUUUGAGUAUCAAUUAAAAGAAAAACAUACGAAUCUAAAGAGAAAGAAAAAGAAAUGCACAAAAGACAGAGAUAGCAUUGAGGCACAUAAUGACAACCCUGUCGGGAAGCUGCGCAGACUGCCCGGAGAAACGGGAAGGAGUUUCACAAUAAGGAUCAACAGUGCCAUGAAGGCCAUUCACACUCCUGCUGAUCAAGAACACUAUCCAUUGGACAUAGAAAUGGAAGAUAUAAAGGGUGAGCAGAUGGCACUACAGAGAGCCCGACGCAAGAGGAAACAGAACAACGCUAGGACCGGUGACGGCGGCGGCGAGGAGCCCCCGCCCAAGCCGAGCCGCGCCCAGAAACUUGCGCUGAAAAAGAAGGCAAAGAAGGAGAAGGCUUUGGAGCGCGGUGCGGGGGCGGGGGCGGGGCCGGGCGAGGUGCGCCGCGAGCGCGUCGCGUUCGGUGAGGUCGCGCACGCGCCGCCCGCGCUGCCCGUGCGUCCGCGACACGCCGCCGCCCGCAGCGACGGCAGCGACCGCAGGGUCAGUACACGCAGCUAACACUUAUUGCAACAU